CUAGCAAAGUUAGUGUUGGCGCCAACCGUGUGUGCUCGCGCGACUGUGUGUGUGUGUGCUUUCGGGUAAUGCCAUUUGUCAAGUGGAUGCUCCAUAGCCAAAUCCAACUUAACCGGUAAAAUGAUGAUGCUUUCGUGCAUGCAAAAUGGCUCUGAUGAUGCCGUGCGUCAUGUCGAGUGGGCGUUCAACUAGUGAAGUGGUAUCCUGCUGGUAUAAUUAGAGAUGACAAAACUAAUCGCUGAAGUUAGCGAUUGGAAAAUGGAUAACGUGAGCUCGGGAGAUUAGGUCGGCGAAGAACAAGGUCACCGCAUGUGAGUCUUGAAGUUCAGGGAUAUGUGUGUGUCACCCAGAUUCUGAAGGAGAGGCGGCGCGAGUGACACCUGGUCACGGCGGCGAGUUUCACAGGGAAGGACUUGACGGAGAAUUCGGUGCCCUGAAGCGACGGGGAUCAGUGUGUUCAUUACUCUGGUAUCCAGGGAUGCACCGCCAUGGAAAUGAGAACAAGUUCUUUCAAUGAUCCUUCGCAAAUGAUAAGUACCGCAAAUUCGUUCGUAUUCUGUAUAGGUACAAAUAUCUUCCGAUAAGACUUCAGCACAUAAUAAAGCUGGAUAUUUCAUCUUAAAGUGACGAGAAGUUCUACAGACAUUUUUCGAGACAAUUUACUUUGCUGGACAACUUUCAAACUUGAUCAGUAUUUCAUGACGAACAUAACAUAAUGACACACAACUUCGGCUAGCAUUAAGAUAACCUAAAACAAACCAUAAAAGCGUUUGUUGCUCUUACUUGUAAUGCCCAGUUAUGUUUUAAUACCUAUAAGAAUGUCCAUGGAAGAGAUUUUUCCAUAAAAUCUAAAGACACUCGAUUGCUCUCGUAAAUAAUUGAACGGUAAUGUGUUCGGGAAAGGCUGCUUUAAUUCUUUGCUGGUCCUGCAGCGGCGUUACAGAACAAGUGCUUUGCUACGACGUGAAACCGGCCAUAUAAAAUAGAAGAGCAAGAAAAUAGUUAACUGGAGAGGAAACCAAGAUAACUCCACCAAAAGGCCUUCCCACCCCUUCCCCCACCCACCAAAAAGCAAACAAACAAACGAGCACACAAGUGGCCAAAGCACAGAUGAAAAUGAGGCUGACUGGGACGGGCGUCAGCCACCCAAAGACACCAAACCCUUGAUGCCUUGAGCAGAAGGAUUCGGUUCAGUCGUCGUUGGAACUGCAGAAAUGUUCACAACGAUCAACUAGAACUCAUGUCUGGGCUUGGACCGAUACAGACAUGGGUCAUUGAUCGAGAGUGAAACCACUCGAUUACUCCAACAAACUGUCAGGACAUUGAAGAGAGGCAGUCUUUGUUGGUUCUUUCGAAAUAGCGUGCUGAAAAUCUUUCGCAUGAUCCAAACACGAGAGUUGGAACGUUUCAUCUCUAAGCACUGGCACGAGACAGAACUUCUGUUCUUUAGGUUCGAAAUGACCUGCUGAAAUAUCUCUCAAGAUUUAAUCAUCAAAGUUAUAUUUCCCUCGACUGCCUCAAUACAAUAACGUCAGGAUAUUCAAGAUAUUCACGCAGUUCUUUCAUGAUCACUCAAACGAUAUAGUAGGAGCGUUAAAGCUCUUAAUUAACUGAUGGAAAUUUCAAGAGAGUUCUUAGGUUUCUCAUUUUGAAAAGGCUUAUCGCAAUAUCACUCUCAUGAUCUGAAUAAAAGAUAAGGUUCAUUAGAGUUUUGAUGCCUAAUGAAAAGACGAGUAAGUGGCUCUGCUUAGACAUUGCCGCCAAAAUGCAACGGUUCAAGUAGGCCUUAUAUAAGAACCAGCGAAUUCAAUCCCAGUGUUAACACGAACCUCAGGGAGCGCACCAACCUUUUGACAAUAUUACUGACAAAAGGAAAUCUAAGAGUCAAGUCUCGACUCAGAUCCUUUAGAUAAAAAAAAAUUAAAUAGCUAAUAAAUUAUUAAUGAGGCGCUAUCACUGAUGCUCACGAUGGACUAAGGGAACAGAGACAAAACUGUCAAAAUUUGGCAAAUUCCUGGAUUUGACUUUAGCGUUAAACGUCCAAUGAAGAGUACUUUAACUCACCACAUUAAAUGUUCAUUCCCUUGGCACAGAUGCUCUAAACCAUUAAAAACAAUUUUAUCCAAUAAACUUAAACUCGCUUCCUGAAAACUAGCGAUCGAUGAAUCAAAGCUCUAUGGAAAGGCAUUUCCUCUUCCGAAGAUAAAAACCGUCAGUUUUCAAGGUGUUGUUAAUGGAAGUUCAGUAGGUAAAGAGGAGAAACAACCGUAGAGUGCGAGAAGAGGAAAGAAAAGAAGCAAAAGAGGAAAAAGAGGAGCCAAAAGUGUUGGGUGGUGAAAGGAACCCGUCAUAGUACGUAAUAUGGAAGUCUUUUGACGGCAUUACUUAGAGCUGGCUCUAAGUAUAAAGCAUAAAGUUGUGAGGUGAAAAAGAAAAGUGCUUCCUCUGUACUAGAGGAAAAGUAGUAGUGGUUAGUGCAAAAGGGUUUUGGUGAGUGAGAGUUGUAUGUUCUAGUGUUUAUUUUGGUGGGGAGUCGAGGGCCGGACGAAAAUAUCUCCGAGACCCGCUGGCUGCAACCCCGACUGACGACGACGCCCCUCCAUGCUGCUGUUAAUGCUGCUGCUGCAAGGUUGAAGGACCAUUACCUCUCCUGAUCUUCUAAUCUGCGAGAUAGAGAGGGAGGGAAAAACGAGCAGAUGGAUCUCCGUUGAGCAGGUAACCGCGUCUCCCUUGACGAGUGUGGUUUUCCUCAUUGCUGUUGAGUAACUGCAAAUACCAGGUGGUGGUAGGCGGAGCUUGAGGGGUCGGCGAGCGGUGGAGUAGAACGUUUACCCGCUACGUCAGUCUGUCACCAUCCAAAGAACGGUGAGGUUGUGCCGCGUGCCGUCCUCCGCACCAUCACACGCACCGCUUGCAACUUUAUUUCAUAGCCAUGCGGUGGCUAACACAACCCGUGGCCAUCGUACUGGUCAUGGUUUUAGCAACUGGUUUUGUGUCUAAGGUCUCUGCCAAUGCGGUUUUCGAACUUAGGCUAAAAAAAUUUGUGAAUGAGUUCGGAAAAGACACGGAAGGCCACUGUUGCAGUGGCUACAGGAACUCCCAAGGAUUAUGUAGUGGAUCUUGUAAGACCAAAUUCCGUGUGUGUCUCAAAGUUUACCAAGAAGUGAUCGACCCAUCGUCUCCUUGUACCUUUGGAGAGGCCGUGACGCCCGUCUUGGGCGAAAAUGAAGUGGAUUUCUCUAAAGUGGAUUUAGGCGAUUUUGUCAAUCCCGUUCAGUUUCAGUUAGCUUCGUGGCAGGGAACUUUCUCACUUAUCAUCGAAGCUUGGCAUGAGGAACCCAACGAUACCAUCUCUUAUGUCGGUCCUGCUUUGAUCACUCGGUUGAUGACCCAACGUUGGUUAGAGUUGGGCGAAGAUUGGACUGAUGAUGAUCACCGAACUGCUCACUCAUCUCUCAGCUAUCAGUACCGGGUCACAUGCCAGGCCCAUUACUAUGGAGAAGGGUGCCGCAAGUGGUGUAAACCUAGGAACGACUCGUUCGGGCACUAUAACUGUAGUGCCUCUGGCGACCUUGUCUGCCUUGAUGGAUGGCAGGGCACCGAGAACUACUGUCUCACGCCCAUCUGCAGUUCCGGAUGUCACGGUAGUACUGGGUUCUGCGAUAAACCAAAUGAAUGCAAGUGUCACAUUGGAUGGGAGGGUCCCAACUGCGACCAGUGCACUGUCUAUCCCGGUUGUCUCCACGGUUCUUGUCAGAAGCCGUGGCAGUGCGAGUGUGACGAAGGUUGGGGUGGCUUAUUCUGUAAUCAAGAUCUCAAUUUCUGCACGAACCAUAAGCCAUGCAAGAAUGGAGCCACAUGUUUCAACACUGCCCCCGGCUCUUACUCGUGUGAAUGCCCUUCAGGUUUUUCGGGCACAAACUGUGAAAUCAUCAACGACACUUGUGCCACGACUCCGUGCCGCAAUGGUGGCACUUGCCUGGAUACUGGUGACGAUCAGUUUGUUUGUCAGUGUCCCUCUGGCUAUACGGGACAAUAUUGCGAGAUCUCGGGUCAGUCUUGCGCCGAUCGACCCUGUCUCAAUGGUGCCACGUGUUCUGAUACACCCACUGGCUACCAGUGUCGGUGUCGACCUGGAUACGAGGGUACUAAUUGUGAACGUGCAGUAAACGAGUGUGCAUCCGACCCGUGCCUGAAUGGGGGCUCUUGUGUUGACGAACAUGACGGAUUUCAGUGCGUUUGCCCAGUGGGAUAUACUGGCAACACCUGCCAGACCAACAUUGAUGAUUGUGCCCACCGACCUUGUCUGAAUGGGGGCACUUGUAUUGAUGGUUUAGAUUCGUUCACCUGCAGAUGCGUUCCAGGUUUCUUGGGUACUCUUUGUCAAACUAAUGUUGACGAUUGUCGUACUCAGCCAUGUGCGAAUGGGGGUACUUGCGUGGAUGGCGUUAAUGAUUUCCAGUGUCAGUGUCGUGAUGGGUGGGGUGGUAGGCAGUGUACGGAGUCUGUGCCCAUCCGAGCAUCCCCUUGUUCAAACUCACCUUGUCAAAACGGAGGCUAUUGCACCGAGAGGCCAGAUUUACCCUUGGGAUAUCAAUGCAGCUGCCCUACUGGUGUUGGGGGUCCUCUCUGCACGAUUGUCACCAAACCCCUAAUUAUUGGUGAAACGGGUGAAUCGAUGUCCCCAGCCCAGGUCGUCUUGAUUGUGACCUUCAGUGUAGCUAUACCCUUACUGGCCUUGGUGUCGGCUUUGGUGAUCGUCUGCAUGAAACGUCGAAGACGCCGCGAUCGCGCUCGUCAAGACGAAGAGGCAAGACGUCAGAAUGAACAAAAUAUGGUUCAUAAUGCUGUGAAUGCUGUCAACAAAAAGUCUUUGGAAGAUAUGAUAUUUAAUUCGCUGGAUUACCCACCGAAGCCUCUGAACACCCGGCCGCAAAGUCACUCUCACCAUCCUCAGCUCCAUCACCAAGAACCAGAGUUUCACAAGAAAGAAGUCGAGAAUACCUACAGCAUUGUUCCUACAAGAAGCGCCAAGCCUCUGAACAAUGAUGUUUCGAGGCUUUCCCUCGCAGACCGUCUCGAGAAAGACCUCGACGCUCUCACUUGUCGCGGCACGCCCACUUCAGAACUGAAUGCGCCGUGCAGCAAAGACGUGCAUCUGCCUCGAACUCAUAGUCACAGCGAUGUGUACUUGAAACGAGGCAGCGGCUCCGGUGGAUGUGGCACUGGUGAUGUGCACACGUCCACUAAUACUUUAACGUCGACGUGUUCGCCGUCGACUUGCACAACGCCGUCGAGCGUUUACGUCAUAGAGGAACACUACGACGACGAAAACUACAUCGCCACCGAAGUUUAGUAGUGUCAAGGUGUCCUAGAGUAAUAUAAAAAAAUAAUCGUUUUUAAGAAUAUAUCUGCUAGUGACACCAAAAAGACUACUUUUACAAUUAUAGUAUUAUUUUUCUCCUUCUCCCUUAAAUAUACAAGUAUUUUCCGAUCUUUUUUUCAAGUCUUAAAGUAAUUUCCCCAUCUCGCUGAGGAAGUGAUGGUCGUCACUUCGUUUAGUCCUACACACAUCCAAAGAUGUUUUAAUUUAGAUUUUUCUUGCAAAUGUGUUAUUUAUUUAUUGUUAAAAUAAAUGAUUUUAUAAAUGCUGUAAUUUGUGGUAUGUGGUACAAAGUCGUGGUAUUUGUAGUGCCUUCCAAGUGAACAGUGCGAGUGAUAGGUAAACAAGAGACUACGGCAAGCUGCUGCUCCUAUUUUCUCUCUCUCUCUUCUCUCUCUUUUUUUUUCUCUCUCUCUCUCUUCUCUCGUUGUUGUUGUUGUGGUGUCGCGGAAGAGGAGCCGAGAAGCACGGCAGAAGCUUCCUGACAUUUACAAGAGUGCCACUUGCGAGACAAUUUUGACCAGCGAGUUCUACGAGCUGGUCUUGGAGUGCCAACCCUUUCUUCGAAAACAAACUAGAGGCUUCCCGUGAACGCUGUCCAGGACACUUUGAUGAUUGUGGGAACUCCCUUACUCUGUCUCCUCCUGAUCAGGAGGUCGUGAGUGAGGAGCCAGAGGCGACGGAGGUCCAGCAGAAAUUCUGUUAGUCGAGGCAGCUGCUGUUGAGUCUGUCAGUUUAUUUUAUUACAAUUAUUAUGAUGCUUGUAUUACGGGGGUGGGGGAGAGUCCGAGUGACUACUGCAAUGUGAGAUAAUUGCCAAAACUUAACGUAUAGAGACAGGCAGACGAACACAAAGGUACACUACUUUGUAGUGGCAGCAAAGUGCCUACCUUUCCUCCCCCUCCCCCUCCCCCUUUUCUCCCUGAACGAUCUCAAGAGUGGUGGUGUGAGUGGGCGGGACUCCCUUGGCAUUCCCUGCCUCAUGUUUAUAUAUAGUUUCUUGCCGGCAUGGAAUAGUUUCCUCCUGGAAAAAUAUGAAUUUGUUAUGAAUUGAAGAUACAAAAAUUGUGAUAAUUUGUUUGCCAUCAUCAAUAUGCAGUAAUGUUGUUGUUAUUUAUAUAGAUUGUAACUUAACGAAACUGUUCCAUAUCAUAGCAAACGGGCAUUAAAGAAAAUCCAAACCUA